AAACAAUUUCUUUUUGGUCUGCCUAUUAUUUUUUCCACUCAUUUUAUAAUAAUUCCUUAAAAAUAACAAAUAAUUAAAAAAUAAUGGAAGAUACAGAUUUAACAAGAAAAGCUAUUGAAGAGCUAAUGAGGGAGAUGGGUGAGUACAAGGAAAAAGAAAGCCUGCCGACUGAAAGAAAAAAGAAUCCUUUGGGCAGACCAAAUAAACGUUUUUUAGGCCGUACAAUCAAUUCCAUAAUGACACAUAAUAAACGAAAUAGUGAUCGUAAUCAACAAAGAUGUCAACGUAAACUAAAGGAACUGGACGAAAAACAAAGGAGGCGUGAUUUUAGGAAUCGAAGAGAUACAAGAAGGCAUAGUAAAUCGGAGAGUGCACAUGAAAUUAGUAGUGCUAGUGAAGAUAAAGGCCAUACGCACAAAAAAAGCAAACAUCUUAAGAAAAGAAAAAAGAAAAGGCGAAAGAGAAAGCAAAAGUCAUCAUCAUCAUCUUCCUCGACAAGCAGCAGUAGCGACACGGAUUCUAGUAGUAGUUCAAAUACAUCUGUAGAAAGUAAAGAUAAAAAUCGUAAAAAGAAAAGACAUAAAAAUACCAAUGAAGGUGCAGAAUGUGAACAAGAUUACUAUAAUGGUUACGGUAAUGAGACCGGUAUGGGCUAUUAUGUAGAUCCAAAUGUGGCCUAUGCCGCUAUGGCUUAUAGUCAAAUGAAUCAUAUGUUACAACAACAGCAAGUAGUCCAGCAGCAAAUGGUAAAGGAAGAGCUGGAAGAAAGUGUAGAAAUUCCAAGUGAUCUAAGUAUAUCCUACCACUCAGAGUCAAGUUUGAAUAUCAGCCUAAAUACAUCAUCAGCCGAAGAAGAUGAAAAUGGUAUACUAACAUUUAAAUUGUCAUCUGACGAAGAAGCCAAAGGUAACAAGAAAGCAACUAAAAAAACCCAGGAAAUUAAUAAAAACAAUGAUCCCCAUAUUGAUAGUGUUGAUAGUGAUAAAGAUAGCGUACAAUCACACAUAUCUCUAGAAUCAGAAACUUCUCAAAAUGUUGUUUUGAAGGUAUGCAACGAAAUAUAUUUAUUAAGCAGUUCAGGUUCGGAUUCUGAUGAUUUGGAAAUAGUAGAAGUAAUAGCUGAAGAUAAAAGUAAUACAGUGGAUAAUGAAUCAAAUAUAAAUGAGCAAAUAACUGAAAAUCAAGAUAUAAAAGAAGUAAAUGAAGUCAUAGUUACAGAAAAUGACGAAAAUAUUUGUGUUAUAGAAAAUAAAAGUAGAGAAACUGAUGAAACUAAUGAAGAAUCAAAAGAUGUUGGGGAAAGCGAAGAAUCAAAAGAUGUUGUAAAUACGAAUGCAAAUGAGGACACACCUAAAAGUACAUCAAUGAUAGAUUUAACCGAUGAGUAAUUUUAAUUGUAUAAAAUUUAGGUUCAAUAAACUAAUUAUAAAAGAAAAAUAUCUUUGGAACAAAAGUGUAAAGUCGAAAACUAAUUAUAUUUUUGAUUGCAAUUGAAACUGCUAAAUUAAAAAAUGUUGCAGUAAUAUUUUUAAAUCCUGCUACUUUAGGUCGAAUCAAUUUAGAUAUGAAAUGCAUUUGGUACUAUAUUCAAAAUCCUCUAUCUUAGAUUGCCAUGAAAAUGAGUUGUUGAUGGCAAAAUAUCAAAUAAAAAAACUUAUUCCUCUACCUUAAAGAACCCAAAAA